AUCCCUUUAAGACUGGAAGCCCCAUUGGCUGCCGUUCGGCGAGACACUCGCGCGCACGAUGUCUACCCUCUUUUGUUAUUGUACUGAGCGCGAGGAGAGGCUUCGGGGAGAAAGCAGGAUGCACGAGCGGAGACAGCAAUGCUGAUAGUCUGAUAUCGACUGGGAUAGAAACAGAUAGCCCAGGAGGGGUGGAAGGGAUUCGGAAUACUAGCUAGCUACCUCAGUUAACCACACUUACCACUACUUUCCUUCAAAUCCCUCAAUACUCCGGCUGAUGUCAUCAUGUCGGUGAACGCCCCCAGCAGCAAUGACGCCUGCCUGAGCAUCGUGCACAGCCUCAUGUGCCAUCGGCAGGGCGGCGAGAACGAGGGCUUCGCCAAGCGGGCCAUUGAGAGCCUGGUGAAGAAGCUGAAGGAGAAGAAGGACGAGCUGGACUCGCUCAUCACCGCAAUCACCACCAACGGAGUUCACCCCAGCAAGUGUGUCACCAUCCAGAGGACGUUGGACGGACGUCUGCAGGUUGCAGGAAGGAAAGGCUUCCCCCAUGUGAUAUAUGCUCGACUAUGGCGCUGGCCAGACCUGCACAAAAACGAGCUGAAGCAUGUCAAAUUCUGCCAAUAUGCUUUUGACCUCAAAUAUGACAAUGUGUGUGUCAACCCCUACCACUAUGAGAGAGUGGUUUCGCCUGGCAUUGUUGGUCUCAGUCUCCAGAAUACCGCCCUCUCCAUGUCUCCUUUAGGCGCCCCCGGUAGGCUGAUCAAGGAGGAGUACAUUCAUGACUGCAUCCAGAUGGAUAUGCCACCAGGCAUGUCCCCGUCGGACCACCCCCACUCAGGGGCGCUCAAGCUACCGCCUCCGGACCACUACGGCCAGCCCCUCCCUCCUCUGCAGCUUCCGCCGGAAUCGCAGUGCGCCCCUCCGCCCAUUACCCUGUACCCCAACAUGCCCCUCUCACCCGCAGCAUCCAGCUCCAUGUUGUCUCUGCAGGGGGGCCACAGUGAGGGACUCUUACAGAUCGCCUCUCCUCCGAGUCAGGUCAUGUCCCCCAUGACCCCCACGCCACCCCCCUCCACCCCGACACACGGGCCGCCACAGACCCCCCAGCCGCCCCAGCCCCCUCCUGGUCAGAACGGAUACAACAGCUCCAAACACACACAGACACAGGCCGCGUUCCACACCACUUGGACAGGCAGCAGCACGGCCUCCUACACUCCUGUAGGACCCCAGCAACAGAAUGGGCGUGGCCACCAACAGCCUCCUCUCCAUCAUCCAACCCAUUUCUGUAAGUUAGGCCGUUACAGGUCUCAGCAUCAUGGCACCACCUCGUUUCCUCCCCCGGUAUCCAACCAUCCAGGGCCUGAGUUCUGGUGCUCCAUAUCCUACUUUGAGAUGGACAUCCAGGUGGGGGAGAUGUUCAAAGUGCCAGCCAGUUGCCCUGUGGUGACGGUGGACGGCUACGUGGACCCCUCGGGCGGCGACCGCUUUUGCCUGGGCCAGCUCAGCAACGUCCAUCGCACAGAUGCCAGCGAGAGAGCCAGGUUACACAUAGGUAAAGGGGUGCAGCUGGAGUGUCGCGGCGAGGGAGACGUGUGGAUGCGCUGCAUGAGCGACCACGCCGUCUUCGUGCAGAGCUACUACCUGGACCGCGAGGCGGGCCGAGCGCCAGGCGACGCCGUCCACAAGAUCUACCCCGGCGCCUACAUCAAGGUGUUCGACCUCAGGCAGUGUCACCGGCAGAUGCAGCAGCAGGCGGCCACGGCACAGGCGGCAGCAGCGGCUCAGGCGGCAGCGGUGGCUGGCAACAUCCCCGGCCCGGGCAGUGUUGGCGGCAUCGCCCCGGCAGUCAGUCUUUCUGCAGCAGCGGGGAUAGGCGUGGACGACCUCCGGAGGCUGUGUAUUCUGCGGCUGAGUUUUGUAAAGGGCUGGGGGCCCGACUACCCACGGCAGAGCAUCAAACACACCCCCUGUUGGGUGGAGGUCCACCUGCACAGGGCCCUGCAGCUCCUGGACGAGGUACUACACACCAUGCCAUUGGCCGACCCAGGACCCGCUAACUGAGUCAAAGGAAAGAAGACCAGUUCCAUACUGGGUUAAAAAAAGUACAAUCAUACACACACACAAACACACACACACACACACACACACCAAAUACCACUCUUGACAGUAGAUCUGGACAGAUACAUGCGCAUACGAAUACAGGCAGGCAUAUAGUUGUUUAAUGUUUUUCUUUACCACAAUGUGUAAAACCUCACAAAGGUUAACCGCAAGCGUUCCGUCACACAGACUCGAGCAGCCAAAAAUCACAGCACUCCGCCUAACCACUUGUCUCUCUGAAGUGCUCGCAACCACUCAAACCAAACCACAUGUCUGUGGGCAUACAGACAUAAAACUACUGAUGUCCUUAGUGUAUGUUCCAUGUUUUGUGAACAGUCAUUGUUUUUGCACAGCUCCCACAUGCUGAACACUACCACACAGCCUGGACCCCUGAAAUACAUUUCAUCAAGGUUCUUUAAUGUAAUCUAAACUCGUCACCUUCAGUGAAUAUGUAUACUGAGUAAUUUAUGUUAAUUCUUCUUCUGUUCUCUGCAGAAAUAUAGGAAUGUGUUUCAGAGAUCCAGUGUCCUAACAUGAUGUAAGCACUUUGGUAUUCAUCAAAUGCACACACAAUUCACACUUGCUUAUUUCCUGCUUACAAGCAGGCCAACAAACAGAACAACACACGCUCACGUUAGAAACCCAGAGAUGACCAGAACCCAAAGAACUUGACCUAGAUUACUCAUGAACAGUAUAACCUGGUCAAACAUAAAUCUCACACAAAAAAUCUGAUGUGCAUUCCGAGGUUAACAAAGAAGGCCAAACCAGAGCCAUAGAAGAGAUGCUUGUUUCAGUGACAAAUGGCUCGGAACCUUGGUAAAACACUGGAGUGACAGAACCAGUGUCCUUAUGAGCCCAGCCAGCCAACCAUUUGUCAUCUCUGUGUUGUGUUGUGCUCUCCUGUGUGUGGAUCUCAAGUCAAAUAGUUAGUCAUUGUUAACAUUGUUAGCUGGUUAGCCCUAUUAAAACAGGGUGACUUUCUCAAGCUAAUUUAUUUUCCUACCAAAAGAUUGACAAAAAAAAUGUUUUUCAAAAUCCAGCUUUAAAAUAGUGGUGUUGGUAUUUGUGAUGAAUCAGUACAGUGUAUGUAACCAAACAGUUUGCCAUACGGUGGAACUCACCAAAGCCAGAAUACCUCAUGAUAACAGUGUCAACCCACAGUUUGUCUUUUUAACCAAAACUUCUGAUGCUUAGCAUUUUCUCCUCUUGUUAGUUUCCCAUUAUAGCCUCUUAUAAACCGGGUGGUUUGAAUCAUGAAUGCUGAUUGGCUGAUAGCCAUGGUAUAUGAUACUGUAUACCACGGGAAUGAUAUCGCAUCACUUCUUACUGCACUAAUUGCAUUGGUAACCGGUUUAUAAGCGCAAUAAGACAGCAAGGGGCUUUGUAAUAUAUUGCCAAUAUACCACAGCUAUGUGCUGUGUCCAGGCACUCCGCUAAGUGUUGUGCCUAAGAACAACUCUUAGUUGUGGUAUAUUGGCCUUAUACCACAACCCUUGUGCCUUAUGGCUUACAUAUAACUCUAUGCCUCUAUCCCUAAAUCAAUAUAAGACAGAAUUGACCAACAAUAGAGCCUUGGGGAACCCCAAUACAUAAUCCAGGCUGUAAUACAGUAGUUAUUAAGCUUUAAAAGUUGAAAUCCAGUGACUCAUCAUGUGAAUAGAGUAGAAACUAAACAUAACUUUUUAUAUAUAAAUAUAUAUAUAUAUAACUGUAAUAGGUUGUCCCAACAUUACAUAAAAUGAUUUCAGUCUGUUUAAAUCAGCCCAGAACAGUAUCACUUAUGUGGUUAGUUACUUUUAAAAUGUAUAAUUGGAAUGACAAGAGUACUAUGAACUUCUUUGCAUUCAUUUAUAUAAGGUACUCUAGUGUUUGUUACGAUCAACAUCAAGCUUACUAACGUGAGGAUAUGACAGAUGUUCUAACAUGUGCAUGAUAUCAUAUGCAAGCUAAUCAUUUAAGAUAACAAGCUUAUUAGCUGUCAAAUUAGCUGUCUUGAGUCCCUUAUGAUUUUACUGACUGGCUGAUUAUAACAUUGCUAUAAAUGGUUUUCUGCGACAGUAGAAAGUAGGCUAGGCUUGAUGAUUUUGUGUUCAAAUACCUGGGCUGAAUGCAAACCUUCCCCCAAUCCAGGCACAGGAACAUGAGUGCUUUUAUUGACAGACAAAACAUUAGGCUCCUUGCUUCCUGUGCUCUGGUGCAUUUGAUACCUGUGCCUUUCCGUUCUCUAAGUCAGGCUGUUUGGGGAUGUACUUUACAGAUGCCAGGGCUUAUGUUGUUCUUAAGUAGGCCUGCUCCAAAGCAUUAGAAUUUCCCCCAGUCGGAGUGGGAUUUCUUCUAAGCCUACAUGUUUACAACAUACCCUAUGCAAGGUCAAAAAGGUCAAUUCUUUCCCCCAUUGUUGCUAAAUCAGAGGUGUUCUCUCUGUUUUUGGAGAAUCACAGUAGCUCUUUUAAAAUCUAUUGUUGAAUAUAGUAUUUUCAAAAAUUUCAGUGAUACAGUAGCUAAAGAUUAAACCUAACCUGCAGGGUUGAAAAAGUUGGCUCAGGUUAUGUCGAAGAAGGAAGUAAGCCUUCAUAUUAUUGUUGUCAUCACAACUUCUUUAAAGUGAACAGCCAGUUUUACUCACUGUUUGUGAUUUGUGCCUUUAGUUUUAGUCAAAAUAGAUAAUACACUUCACACUGGAUUGUAACACAAAAACGACACAACUCUACUUUCUUCCUUUGUCAUUAUAUUUAUAGAAUCAUGAUAUACGGGUUAUCAUCUUGAUCGGUUUAUCUCUUCUGUUGGUUGGGGGAGGGGAGACAUGGAAGAUUACACAGCCUACAUUAUUUGCAUUUCAUUAAGUUUUUCUAAUCAAUUUGCGCAGUGAAGCAAUAAGAAGUGAAAUGUGUUGAGCUGUCCCGCCCCUAAAUAAGAUGGUUGCCUCAGGUACUGUGUCCAGCCCCACUGUUAGCUAUUAUUACAUUGUUUUAUUACUAUAUCAGUCUGGUUUAGAAUUGAUACUGUUUGACAGUUAUACCCCAGAUAUCCAUAUUCUGGAGCCCUUGAGAUCUUGUUUUGCCUUAGAGAAAUAUUAUGUCGCCAAGGUGUCUAAUAGUAUUUGGAAAGUGUGACGACCCUUGAAACUGCACAUGAACUCCACUAUCUCACGUAUUGUUUAAUGAAUUGUUUGCUUGGGCUCCAUGUGUCUGGAAGUGUUACGUAGUCAGGAGUAAAGAAAGGUUUUAAACAAACGUUGCUCCAUCUAUGGCAUGGCUCAGAGCUCAUUCCACCCCACUAUGUCUCCCCUGACCAAUUCUUUAACCCUGGAGACCCGCGUGGUGCUCCUUCACAUCUGACCCCAGUCAAACUGAGGUCUUUCCCAGAAGACAGCGGGGGUGAGAUGGUGGUCACUCAACAGGAAUCAUACCUCAUUCCGUACAUAAAAUGACCUGUUUCAUUUUUAAACAGACAAUAUAUAGACAGUAUGUUCAAGUGUGAAAUCACUCAAAUUGGCUAUUUUAUGGGUAUUGUUAUUUCUAUUAUUGUUGUAAUUAUUUUCUUGUAAAAAGACAUGCUGCUCUUGUAAUGUUGACUGUACACCAAAGUGAAAUAAAAAUACAGCAUUGUCAUUUUGAUACAAA